GACAAAAUUAUCCACAAUUCUCUACUGCCUCUCCCUCUAUAUAUAUAUGCACCACAAGUCCAAAGCCCAUUCAAACCCUCGGCUCUCAUUUCUCCUAUCUCAUAUCAACAUACUUCCCACAACAACAAAACCCACAAAAAAAAAAAAAAAAAACCAUUACGACGUCGCUCUGCCUUCCGAUCACCACCGAGCACAUGGCGACACCAUCCACUCCCGACGACCACCGCCGCGCCGCCGGCUCGUCGUCGUCGAAGCGACUAACCCUCGGCGUCCUCAUGUCCAUAUCUUCCCUCAUGGCCCUCUGCGCCAAACACGCCGGCAAGUUCUCCACCAAGCUCUCCAAAACCACCACCAAUAUUAAUAUUCCCGGCUGCCACCGUCAGCAGCGGCGGAGCCGGAAGUUAAAAUUCGAGCCCAACCGUCAACCGCCGCACGGCCUCUACUCCUCCUCCGACAACGACGGCGGCGGGGUACUCCGCCCGCCGAGAUCGCCGCUGGUGCGUCACUCCAAGCAGCUGCUGACGCAGAUCAGCAACAAGGCCGUCACGUUGGUCCACGGCGGCAGCAGGAACAAUAAUAAUAAUAAGGAUCGGAGAGGCGGCGACGUGGCUGCGCCGGACGAGUUCGGGGACGGCGGCGUGUGGCAGCGGUCGAUCCUGAUGGGGGACAAGUGCCAGCCGUUGGAUUUCUCCGGCGUGAUUUACUACGACAGCUGCGGGAAGAAAGUCAACGAGGUUCCCGUCCGUUCGCCGCGGGCCAGCCCGUUGCCGCGCUACCUGACCCGUGGGCACUAAGGAAAAAAAAACUCCGGUCAAAGGAGGUGAGUUAUUUACGCGAGGAUUGAAAAAUCGUAUCGUAUUGAUCGUUGAGCAAGAAAAUUUCGGAAGCGAAAUUAAUAGACAGUAUUUUAGCGAUGUGAAAUAGUUGAACCGCAGUUUCAGUAUGAAAUAUCAUAUAUCGCUGACCUUUUACGGUACAACCUUCGUUAUGGUUUUUCCAAUCAUUGGAUAUAGGUUUACACACUAUGCCGUUUGAUUAGCUUCCUAGGUUACACAUGUUUGUAAGUUUUGUUUCAUGGACAAGGGUCAAGUUGUUGGGCAAAACUUUGCCGUUCCGUGUAUCGUGACGUGUUCUUUUUGGAGGCAUUGUACUCGAUAUUAUGUGAAGCAUUUUGUUGA